UCAGCCUCCUAGAACUAGAAGCCAAUAUGGAGCCAGAGGACAUGCCUUGGCCAGGAGAGCUCGAGGAGGAGGUGGAGGAGGAGGAGGAGGAGGCGGAGAACUUGGACGAGUACGAGGUGGUGAUGGUGGAGGAGAUGGAGGAAGAGGAGGGGCGGGAGCCGGACGCGGAUUUUAACUACGAGAGCCAGCGUCGGGAGAGUACGGACGACGAGGAGGAUGAGGAGGCCAAGGCCUGGCUGCAGGCGCACCCCGCCGGGACUUUGCCUCAGCCGUCGCUCCCGAGGCACCGCUACUCGGUGGGCGAGCUGACCAGCCCGGGGAAGGUUGUUCCAUUGACCUGUCAUGUAUGGCAACAGCCAUUAUAUCAAAACAAUAGUGGAAUACAGAUUCCUGAUACUAAUGUGGUCUCUUUGGAAAAAACAGCUCAAUGGGGUUCUGGGGAUGAUCAGAGAACAGAAUCUUGGCAUUAUCUUCCUCAAGAAAUGGACUCUUCCCACACCUUGGAUACAACCCAGACCAGGUUUAAUGUGAGAGAGAAAGGGACUGAAGUGACAGACUUCCCCUCUCUGGAGGAAGGUAUAUUGAUCCAAUCAGAAAAUCAAGUAAAGGAGUCGAACAGAGAUCUCUUAUGUUCUCCAUUGCUAGUCAUACAAGACAAUUUCGCUUCUCCUGAUUUGCCUUUGCUGACAUGUUUGACAAAAGAUCAAGAGUUUGGGCCUGAUUCCUUGUUUCACCAAAGUGAACUAGAUUUUGCACCUCUGAGGGGAAUUCCUGGUAAGUCUGAAGACACUGAAUGGUUUUCUCGACCGUCGGAAGUUAGUGAAGCUUUAUUCCAGGCAGCCUCAGAGGUAGCUUCAAACUUAGUUAACAGUUGCUUUAGUGUAUCUCAGCACCCACUUAUAGGUAGUACAGCUAUUGAGUCUCAGCGCUCUUUAUUAACUCUUGAACAAGGGACUGAAGAAGAGACUGUUUCACCUGACACACUUGAGGAUCUGAAAACCCCCAAAGACUCUGAUAGUUAUGAUGCUCUUUAUUCAUAUAUGUCAUGGAAGACACAAGAAGUUAUACAGGAGCCAGAAACCAAUUUAGCUGAUAAAGAUCAAGUUUCUUUUUCAACUGCAUCUGAUACAAGUGAUGAAUACGUAACUCCUAAAGGAAGUGACAGUUUUGAUGCUUCUUGUUCAUAUGUGCAAUAUGGGGAACAGGAAGCUUUACAACAGUUAGAAAAAUAUUUAACCAGUAGGGACCGUGAUUCUUAUUCAGAUUCAUCUGACACAAUUGAUAAAAAUAAAAUUCCUAAGGAAAGUGACAAUUUUAGUGCCCCUUUUUCAGAUAUGCCAUGGAGCAAACAGGGAGCUUCACACCAUCCAGAAAUAUGUCUAAUCAGUAAGGACUGUGUUUCUUUUCCACGUGAAGUUGCUCCUCGUUUUUAUAGUAAAAUGCCACAUUGUUUUUUGCAUUGUUUGUUGGAAAGAGGAGGAAGAGAGGUUCCCUUGACAGCUGAUAGUCAUUAUUUUGAGAGUGUUUAUUUAAGGGCUCCUGCUGAGAAUGAGAUGAAACAAAAGAUGGAUUCUUUGGAGGGUUAUAAAAGAAAUGAAGAAGAUCUGGGGAAAGAAUUAUCUCAAUGUUUUGAACUAAAGGAGAAUAGAAAUACUUUAGGAUUUUCAGAGGUGCAUCCCAGAUCUUCAGAAAUACAAUAUAUUGAGAAUGUUGUAGUUACUGAUAAUUCUGUAGAAGUGCCAGAAGCACAUAUACUCUCCAGGGGGCAUGAUACCUCUAAGAUGGAGGUUUCUGGUGGUCCUCUUCACACUAUUAAAUCCAACUCAGAUGAGACAUCAGAACAGCUGUGUUUUCAAGAAGAAAGAAACCAAAAGCCACCUUCUGCUUUUGGUGGGAAAAAUGUUGAUGCUACUGAAAAUGUAGCCUUUCAGGCAGUUAUUGCCUCUAUUGAACCUUCUGAGAAAGAGAGUACAGUAAAUGAAAUCCAAACUGACAUCAAUAAAUCUUUAACAAAUGACAGCCAAGAAAGUGAACCAAAAAAUCCAGAUCUUUCCUUAUUAAAUUAUUAUGAAAACUUUUUCUUUGAUAAACUUAAUCAUCCACCCUAUCAAUCUACUCCUGGGGUGUUUGAAUCAGCAGCUUCAAAACCAUUGUUGUAUAAAAAAGAUGAUGGUGAUAGCUCCCUGUACUGGCAUCCUAAUUUAAAAUCACUCCCCAGUGCUCCUCAGGAAAUAUUCAUUAAGCCACUUUCUCUUAGUCCAGAGCUUAAGUCGUCAUCUUCUUUAAGUGAAAAAUCUCUCAGACAGGCUGUUGGUCUUGGCAAAACACAGUCGGCUUUAUUUCAGUAUGAUACAGACAAUGAACCGUUUCUUCCCAUUGGGAAGAUAAAGUCUGUUUCUGCUCUUGACCUUGCAGAGAAGUUAGGAUCUUCAAACAUUAUUUAUCCAAUGAAAAUACGGACUUCAGAUUCUUUGGUUUUACAAGAUUUAAAGCAGCACACCUUUGAAGAAGUUGCAGAUUCCUCAAACUGUAUUUUGGAGGGCCUGCAGGGGAAGGCUGAAUCUGACAUCUAUACUCUGGAUGAUGAUACUGAAUGCUGUAGCCUAGAUGAAAAUGCUGUUGUAUGCAGGAAAAGAGUUGUUGAACUACAAAGAGAGAUACGUGACCAAGGUGACUUGACUGGUGAGUGCAUUAAGCUAGCAGGUUUAGAAAAUUUGCUUGAUGAUCUAGAGAUUUGUGACAGCUCCCUGCACUGGCAAUCUACUGUACAGCUGCCAUCUAAGGAAGAGAGCAGUUUUGAAGAGCCUGUAUAUCCUUCUAAUAUGGACAUUAAUCAGUCUUUUUCAUCUGUAUUGCCUCCAUUUGUUCCUCAUGAGCCAACUAGAGAGUUGGAGUAUCACUCUUCAGAUCUCAGAAUGUUGAGGGUAUCUCCUGACACUGUGCCAGGGACUCUCAAACAUUCAACAGGGGAUACGUCCAAAGGAGACAUAGCUGAAAUUCCUCAAUCCACCUUGAAACCAGGCAUCACUACCACUCCUGAAGAUUCAGACACUGUAUCUCAUUUAUCCUUGUCCCCUGAGGACUUUCCUCAGUUGGCUGGAAGGUCUCCUCAAGUGAAGAAUAUUGUUCAACAUACUGAUACUCCCAACCAACAGACAUUAGCAGACAGUCGUCUAACUGAAGAGGCUCUAAAAGUUUCAGCUGUUCCUGGGCUAGCUGACCAGAAGACUGGGAUAGCAACAGUGCCCUCUAGUUCCUACUCACAAAGAGGGAAGCCAAAUAUUUUCUACCCACAGGGCUUGCCAGAUGGUCAUCUAACUGAAGAGGCUCUAAAAGUUGCAGCUGUUCCUGGACUUGGUGACCAGAAGACAAGUAUAUUUACAGUCCCUCCAAGUUCCUACUCACUUGGAGAGAAGCACAGUAUUUUCUACCCACAGGCAUUGCCAGAUGGUCAUCAAACUGAAGAGGGUCUGAAUGUUUCAGUUCUUCUUGGACUAGCUGAUCUAAAGACUGGAAAACCAACAGUACCGGCUAGUUCCUACUCAGUUGGAGAGGAACCUGGUAUUUUCUACCAACAGGCCUUGCCAGGCAGUCAUCUACCAGAAGAGGCUCUGAAAGUUUCACCUUCUCCUAGACCAGUUGAUGAAAAGACUGGGUUGCCUACUGCAUCCUCUACCUCUUACUCACAUGGAGAGAAGCCUCGUAUUUUCUAUCAACAGACAUUACCAGAAAGUCAUCUAACUGAACAGGCUCUGAAAGUUUCAGCUGCUUCUGGACCCCCUGAACAGAAGACUGGGAUUCCUAUAGUAACUUCUACUUCUUACUCACAAAGAGAGAAGCUCAGUAUUUUGUGUCAGCAAGAGUUGCCAGACAGUCAUAUAACUGAACAGGCUCAGAAAGUUUCAGCUGCUCCUGGAUUGGCUGAGCAGAAGACUGGGAUUCCUACCGUACACUCUACUUCCUAUUUACAUAGAGAGAAGCCCAGUAUUGUGUACCAGCAAGAGUUACCAGACAAUCAUCUAAUUCAGCAGGUUCAGCAAGUUUCAGCUGCUCCUGGAUUGGCUGAGCAGAAGACUGGGAUUCCUACCGUACACUCUACUUCCUAUUCACAUAGAGAGAAGCCCACUAUUCUGUACCAGCAAGAGUUGCCAGACAGUCAUGUAAUUCAAGAGGUUCAACAAGUUUCAGCUGCUCCUGGAUUGGCUGAGCAGAAGACUGGGAUUCCUAUAGUAACUUCUACUUCUUACUCACAUAGAGAGAAGCCCAGUAUUUUGUACCAGCAAGAGUUGCCAGACAGUCAUGUAACUGAACAGGCUCAGAAAGUUUCACCUGCUCCUGGACCCCCUGAGCAGAAAACUGGGAUUCCUAUAGUAACUUCUACUUCUUACUCACAUAGAGAGAAGCCCAGUAUUUUCUACCAACAGAAUUUGCCAGAUAGUCAUCUAACUAAAAAGGCUCAGAAGGUUCCAGCUCUUCCAGGACUAGCUCACCAGAAGAGUGGGACACCAAUAGCACCCCCUGCUUUCUACUCACAUAGAGGGAAGACCAGUGUUAUCUAUCAGCAGGAGUUGCCAGACAGUCAUCUAAGUGAUCAGACUCAGAAAAUUUCAGCUAUUCCUGGGCCAGUUGACCAGAACACUGGGAUACAGACAGUACCCUCUGGUUCCUACUCACAGAGGGAGAAGCCCAUUAUUUUUUACAGGCAGGAGUUUACAGACAGUCUUCUAACUGAAGAGGCUGUAAAAGUUUCAGCUUUUCCUAGAACAGCUGACCAGAACACUGGGAUACCAACAGGGUCGUCUAGGUCCUACUCAUUUGGAGAGAAGCCAGGUGGUUUUUUCUACCAGCAGGUGUUACCAGAUAGUAAUCUAAGUGAAGAGGCUCUGAAAGUUUCACCUGCGUCUAGACCAAGUGACCAGAAGACUGGUAUACUCUCAGUACCUGCUAGUUCCUACUCACAUAGAGAGAAGCACAGUAUUUUCUACCCACAAACCUUGCCCGGCAGUCAUCUAUCUGAAGAGGCUCUGAAAGAUUCAGCUAUUUCUGGACUAGCUGAUGAGAAGACUGGGACAUCCGAAUCUUCUGGUUCUUACUCACAUAGAGAGAAAUCCAGUGUUUUCUACCAACAGGAGUUGCCAGAUAGUCAUCUAACUGAAGAGGCUCAGAAAGUUUCAGGUGUUACUGGAACAGGUGACCAGAAGACUGGGAUACCUAUAUUAACCUCUAAUUCUUACUUACAUAAAGAGAAGCCCAUUAUUUUCUACCAGCAGGCCUUACCAGAUAGAUAUCUUACUGAAGAAGCUCUGAAUGUUUCAGCUGCUCCCAGACCAGCUGACCAGAAGGCUGGGAUACCUGCAGUACCAUCUAGUUCCUAUUCAUAUAGAGAGAAGCCCAUCAUUUCUUACCAGCAAGAGUUGCCAGAUCUUACUCAAGUGGCUUUAAAAGUUUUAGAGGUUCCUGGACCAGCUGACCAGAAGAUUGGGAUACCAUCAAUAAUCUCUACUUCUUCCUCAUAUGGAGAGAAGCCCAUCAUUUCUUACCAGCAAGAGUUGCCAGAUCCUAAUGAAGAUGCUUUAAAACGUUUAGAGCUUCCUGGACAAGCAGACCAGACCACUGGUAUGCGAACUGUGCCCCCUACUUCCUAUUCACAUAGAGAGAGCCCCAUCUUCUCUUACCAGAAGGAGUUGCCAGAUAUUACUGAAGAAACUUUGAAAGUUUCAGCUGUUCCUGGACCAGCUGACCAGAAGAUUGGGAUACAAACAGUCCCCUCUAGUUCCUACUCAUAUAGAGAGAAGGCCGAUGUUUUUUACCAGCAGGAGUUGCCAGAUCUUACUGAAGAAACUUUAAAAGUUUUUGCUCUUCCUGGACCAGCUGACCAGAACGCUGAGAUACCAACAGGGCCUUCUAGUUCUUACUCACAUAAAGAGAAACUCAAGAUUUUACCAGAUGACCAGAAGGCUGAGUUACUAUCAGCUCCCCUUAGUUCCUACUCACAUAGAGAAAAGCCUAAAACUUCAACUGUGAUUGGACCAGACGACCAGAAGACUCCAUUACUGACAGGUUUUCCUAAUUCUUAUUCUCAGAGAGUAAAGCCCAGUAUUUUCUUUAAACAGCAGUUGCCAGAUGGACAUCAAAGUGGAGAUAUUCUUAAGAUUUCAUCUGUUCCUGAACCAACUGAUGUGAAUUCUUGGAUACAAAUACCUCUUUCUAGUUCCUAUUCACAGAGAGAGAAAUCUAAUAUUUUCUACCCAGAGGAAUUGCCAGACAAACAUCUCACUGAAGAUUCACUGAAGGUUUCAACAGUUCCUGGACCAGCUGACCAAAAAACUGUGUUACCAGCAGUUCCUCCUAGUUCCUUUUCACUUAGAGAGAAACCAAUUCUUUUCUACCAACAGGAUUUGCCAGAAAGACAUCUAACUGAAAAUAACCUGAAGUUCUCAAGUAGUCUUGGGCAAGCUGGUCAGAUUACUGGGUUAUCAACAGUUCCCCCUAGUACUUAUUCACAUAGUGAGAAGCACAAACUUGUUUCAGACCAUGUCCAAAGGCUGAUAGAUAAUUUGGAUUCUUCUAACGCCAGUGUUAUCUCAAACAAUAUGCCUUUGAAUUCUCAGGCUGAUGGUACAGUUGUAAUAAAUAAGCCAGAAUCUUCAGGUUUUGAAGAUGUUGGCUCUAAGGAAAUCCAGGAUAUGGAAAACAGUUCCAAAACUCUUAAAGAGGUUCAGACACUUUUAAUGGAAGCAGAAAAUAUAGCACUGAGACGAUGCAAUUUUCCUGUUCCCCUUGUCCCUUUCAGAGAUGUUAGUGAUAUCUCAUUUAUACAAUCUAAGAAGGUGGUUUGCUUCAAAGAACCCCCCACAGCUGAUGCAUCUAAUGGUGAUUUGUCUCAGAGACAGCCAUUCACAGAAGAAAGCCCAAGCAACAAGUGCAUACAGAAGGAUAUUAGCACACAGACGAAUCUGAAAUGCCAGAGAGGCACUGAAAAUUGGGAGUUUAUUAGUUCAACUACAGUUAGAAGUCCUUUACAGGAAGCAGAAAGCAAAGCCAGAGUGGCAUUAGACGAAACCCUUAGGCAAUGUAAAGCAGCCAGAUCUGUAAUGAGAUCUGACCCUGAAGGGUAUAGUAGAACCAUUGAGAAUAAGAUUGUUAUUCCUAUGAUGACUGUCAUUAAAAGUGAUUCAAGUAGUGAUGCAAGUUCCUGCUCAUGGGACAGUAAUUCCUUGGAGUCAGUUUCUGAUGUGCUUCUAAACUUCUUUCCAAAUUCUUUACCCAAGACAAGCAUGACAGAUAGCAGAGAGGAAGAGGGUGUGUUAGAGAGUGACGAUGGUGGUGGUAGCAGUGUAGAUUCACUGGCUGCACAUGUGAAAAACCUUCUGAAAUGUGAAUCCUCAUUGAACCGUGCUAAACAAAUACUCAGAAAUGCAGAGGAGGAGGAAUCUCGGGUACGGGCACGAGCCUGGAAUCUGAAGUUUAAUAUGGCUCAUGAGUGUGGCUACUCCAUUUCAGAAUUAAACGAAGAUGACAGGAGAAAAGUAGAAGAGAUCAAAGCAAAGUUGUUUGGUCAUGGGAGAACAACUGACUUGCCCAAGGGUUUACAGAGUCCACAGGGAAUAGGAUGCAAGCCAGAAGCUGUAUGUAGUCACAUUAUUAUUGAGGGCCAUGAAAAAGGAUGUUUCAGGACUCUAACAGCUGAACGGCCAGAAUUGGACAGCCACCCUUGUGUUUUCAGAUCUGCUGAACCCUCAGAAAUGAUCAGAGGGCAACGGAGCCCAUCAUCAUGGACAACCAGGCACAUCAACCUUGCCAAGUCACUGGACCAGAACAACUCCCAUUUCAAAGUUUGGAAUUCAUUGCAGUUACAAAGUCAUUCCCCAUUUCAAAACUUUAUAGGUGAUGACUUGAAAAUUAGCAAGGGUCUUCGAAUGCCAUUCCGUGAAAAGUUGGACCCUUGGCUGUCAGAAUUAGUAGAACCUGGUUGUAUGCCACCUGAAGAAAUGGAUUGUCAGUCUUCAUCACAAAUGCUGCCCCCAGAACCCAUGAAAAAGUUUACUACCUCCAUCACUUUCUCAUCUCACCGACAUUCUAAAUGCUUUUCAGAUUCCUCUUUUCUUAAGGUUGGUGUUACUGAAGGUAGCCAGUGUACUGGAGCAUCUGUGGGGAUAGUUAAUUCUCAUAUCACUGAAGAGCAAAAUCCUCCUAGAGAUCUAAAAGAGAAAACCUCUUCCCCUUCAUCAUUUAAAAUCAUUAGUCAGUCACCAGAUAAAGCUGUGACUAUUUUAGCAGAAAAUAGUAGGGAAAGCCAAAAAUUAUCUGUUGAACCUUCUCACCAAGAAGAAAAACCCUUAGAAAGAUCAGAUUUUAAAGGCAGUCAUUCUAAGCCCAGUACCAGUGCAAAUGAUAGCAAUUUCAAGGAAGUUCAUUUUUCUGAUGACGAUACUCUCAUUAGCAUGGGCAGACCAAGUUCCACACUAGGAGUAAAAGAGAAGAAUGUAACUAUAACUCCAGAUCUUCCUUCGAACAUUUUUCUUGAACAAGAGCUCUUUGAACAAAGCAAAGCCUCACAUGAAGAUCACCGUGUGAGAAAACACAAUUCUCCCCCUCCUCAACAUCAGGAUUAUGUAGCUCCAAAUCUCCCUUGUCGUAUUUUUCUUGAAAAACGAGAACUCUUUAAACAAAGCAAGACCCAACAUAAAGAUAAUCAGUUGAGAGAAAACCACUCUCCCCUUCCUCAAAGUCAGGAUUAUAUAGCUUCAGACCUUCCUUCUCCCAUUUUUCUUGAACAACGUCAGCUCUUUGAGCAAAGCAAAGCCCCAGAUGUAGAUCACCACAUGGGAAAACACCAUUCUCCCCUUCCUCAAGGUCAGGAUUGUAUAGUAGAAAAGAAUAAUGAACAUAAGCCUAAAUUACACAUUUCUGAUAUGAUAAAUGUUGAAGCCAAAUUCAGUGAUGUGGCCUCCCCAUCAGCCCCAAAUCAAUGUACAGUAGUAACAUCUGCAUCUACUCCACCUUCAAAUACAAAAGCACUUUCUUGUGUUCGUAUAACUCUUUGUCCCAAGACUCCUUCCAAGUUGGAUAGUGGAACCUUAGAUAAAAGAUUUCAUUCAUUGGAUCCUGCCUCUAAAACAAGGAUGAAUAGUGAGUUUAACUCUGGCCUACAGACUGUAUCUUCAGAAUCAUUGGAACCAACCUCCAAAUUAUUGACCAGUAAACCUGUAGCACAGGAUCAAGAAUCUUUAGGUUUUCUAGGACCUAAAUCUUCACUGGACUUCCAAGUCGUACAGUCUCCUCUUCCAGAUAGUAAUAUUAUUUCUCAGGACUUGAAAACCAUACCUUUUCAGAAUAGCCAGAUAGUAACCUCAAGGCAAACACAAGUGAACAUUUCAGAUUUGGAAGGAUAUUCCAAUCCAGAAGGGACUCCGGUAUCUGCAGUUCGAUCACCAAAGGAGAUUAAGACCCCGUUUUCUCCCUUCUCUGGAAAAUUAUCAUCUGAUGCAGUCACUCAGAUAACAACAGAAAGUCCAGGAAAAGCCAUGUUUUCAUCUGAGAUUUUUGUUAAUGCUGAAGAUCGUGGACAUGAUAUUCCAGAGCUCAGUACACAGAAGUUGGGCAAAGUUCCUGUCAAGUUUGCUUCACCAUCUUCAGUCCAACAGAUUACUGUUCCUCAUGGCACAGAUGGCCAGCCUUUACUGUUGCCAUAUAAGCCUUCUGGUAGUACGAAGAUGUACUAUGUUCCCCAAUUAAGACAAAUUCCUUCAUCUCUGGAUUCUAAGUCAGACACCACCAUUGAGAGCUCACACUCAGGAUCCAAUGAUGCCAUUGCUCCAGAUUUCCCGGCUCAGGUGCUAGGCACAAGGGAUGAGGAUGUGGCAGACACUGUUAACAUUAAACAUAAAGAGGGGAUCUACAGUAAGAGGGUGGUAACUAAGGCAUCCUUGUCAAUGGGGAAAAAACCCUUUCAGAAAGAUAAUGCAGAUGCUCAAGUUCAAGUACUCAUCACUGGGGAUGAGGACCUCUCAGACAAAAACCAGAAAAAGGAGAUCUACAGUAAAAGGGCAGUGACCGAGGCUGCUGGAUCUGAAGAAAAAGAAUCCUUGCAGAAAGACACUACAGGUUCCAGGGCUGCUGCUGCUUCAGAGCAGUCAGCUCAACUACAAGACACGAAGAUUGAUAAUCUAGCAGACACUAAAGCCAUUAAACAGAAAGGGGAGAUCCACAGUAAGAGGACCGUUCCUAAGGAAGCCUGGCCCGAAGAGAAGAAAUCCUUGCAAAUAGAUAUUGCAGAGUCCAGAUGUCAUUCAGAAUUUGAAAAUACCACCCAUUCUGUCUUCAGGUCAGCUAAGUUUUACUUUCAUCAUCCAGUGCACCUACCAAGUGAUCAAGAUUUUUGCCAUGAAUCCUUAGGAAGAAGAGUUUUCAUGAGGCAUUCUUGGAAAGAUUCCUUUCAGCAUCAUCCAGACAAACAAAGAGAACACACUUGUCUUCCUUCCUCUUAUCAAAAUGUGGCAAAGACAAAGUCAGAUUAUACCACAAUAGAGAGCCUCAGUAUCAAUGUAAACUUGGAAAACAAAGAAGUACAGCAUACUACUAAAAGUCAGGCUAGAGAUUUUCCAAAAUAUGACAAACAAGUUAAUGACCUAAAAAGGGAUCAUAAGGCCACCCCAGAGUUAACAACUCAGCACACUGUGAGUUUAAAUGAACUCUGGAACAGGUAUCAGGAGCGACAGAGGCAACAGAAACCUCCUGAGUUCAGUGCCAAGAAGGAACUUUCCUUGGUGGAGCGACUUGAUCGUUUGGCUAAACUUCUUCAGCGUCCCAUCACACAUUCUCUCCAGCCCUCAGAAAGUACACAGGAUGAUAGCAAGGGGGAACAAGAUGUUAAGGAAUGGAGUGGUAGACGGCAACAGCAGAACAACAAGCUUCAGAAAAAGAAACGGUAUAAAAGCCUGGAGAAAUGCCAUAAAAACACAGGCGAUCUUAAAAAAAACAAGGUUCUUUCUACUCAUCAAGCUAGGAGGUCCAAUCAGAUUAAAAUUGAACAGAUUAAAUUUGAUAAAUAUAUUCUGAGAAAACAGCCAGGUUUUCAUUAUAUAAAUAACACUUCUUCAGAUUCUAGACACUCAGAGGAGAGUGAGCUGCUCACAGAUACUGCCACCAACAUCCUUUCCACCACCACUUCUGUGGAAUCAGAUAUAUUGACCCAAACAGAUAAGGAAGUGACUCUGCAUGAGAGGAGCAGCUCUAUUUCCACCAUUGAUACUGCCCGACUGAUCCAUGCUUUUGGCCAUGAAAGAGUUUGUUUGUCACCCAGGCGAAUUAAACUAGACAGCAGCAUCACCGACCAUCAGAGGAGACACCUUGAGAAGCGGAGCGAGAAAAACAAGAAACCAUUGAAUACAGGUUACCCCCAAAUUACUUCAGAGCACACCAGAAGGAAACACGUCCAGGUGACAGACCAUAUUUCUUCUGACUCUGUUUCGUCUUCUACCAGCAGUUUCUGGAGCUCGAGCUCUACCCUUUGCAACAAGCAAAAUGUACAUAUGUUAAAUAAGGGCAUACAAGCAGGUACCUUGGAGAUUGUGAAUGGUGUCAGAAAACACACUCGAGAUGUUGGAAUGACUUUCCCAACUCCAAGUUCUAGCGAGGCUAGAGUAGAAGAGGACAGUGAUGUGACUUCUUGGUCAGAAGAAAAGAUAGAAGAGAAAAGGCUCCUUACCAAUUAUCUUGGGGACAGAAAGUUAAGGAAGAAUAAGCAGAGCUGCUGGGAAGGAGUUUCAUGGUUUGUUCCUGUGGAAAAUGUGAAGUCUGGUCCUAAGAAGGAAAACCUGCCCAAGUUUCAUGGCCCUGGUGUCUCCUGGUUUGCACCAAUAACCAACACCACACCUUGGAGGGAGCCACUACAGGAACAGAACUGGCAAGGACAGCACACGGACAGCCGCAGUUCACUAGCAGGCCCAGGCAGAGAUCCACUGAAGCCAUUUGUGAGAGCAACCCUACAGGAAUCACUGCAACUUCACAGACCUGACUUCAUCUCCAGCUCUGGGGAACGGAUAAAGCGCCUGAAGUUUAUAGUCCAGGAGAGGAAGCUGCAGAACAUGUUACAGAGUGAACGGGAGGCACUGUUCAACACUGUGCGAGGAUGGCAGGGCCACCGGGACGCCACGCACCUGCUCCCUAAGAGAGGCUUCCUGGCUGCCCAAAAGAAAAGGCCUGUUGGAAAGAAGGAAAUGAUUCAGCGGUCUAAAUGGAAACUGUAACCCAGAGAGAGGUUGCCAGCAAGUCAGGGCCAGAGCUGGGGUUAGAGUCCGGCAGCAGGCUCCCCACCCAGCACUCCUUCAACUGUAUCAUGUGGAGGACUUGGAGCUCUGGAUCUCUGUGUUACUCAUCAUCUUUUCCCAUCACCUACCUCUACCAAAGAUGUUUAAACGUUUCUGGUAAGAGAAAAGAUUUGGAGAAGAGAGAACCUGACUCUCUUAACUUGAAGCAUUUCUUCCAAUGUGUCCUUUAAUAGAAGUGUUUUCACUAACUUAUUAAUGCAUAUAUUUGGGUAUGUGCCAGGCACUGGACUAGGUACUACAAAUGAAAGAUAGUUGACUCCAGACCAUGAACAGACAGACAGUUCCAAUAGUAUGUAGUAAUUGCUUUCAAGGAUCCAUUUACAAAAUGCAAUUUCUGGCUACUCUGAUUAGCCCGACUCCCAGCUUUCCAGCCCUAGAAUACAACAUUUCCUGGCCCAAGCAGAUUUUCUCUUCACAUCACAUGUUCUCCUUGGGAUAACUCGUCUUUUUUCCAAUGGCCUUUGUUAUCCCUUCUCUAACUGUGACUU